CUUUCAUCUUUCAUUUUUAAAUAAUUACUUGUUGAAUUGUAUUGUGCCGUGGAAACUAUCAACUAAUUUAUAUAAUAGUUUGUUUUAUUUUUAUUUUUUUAUUUUUGAAAAAUAGUUCGAAUUAGGAAUAAUGGCCCGUGUUUUGGUUGGCGUUAAACGUGUUAUUGACUAUGCCGUAAAGGUUCGAGUUAAGCCCGACAAGACUGGUGUUGUCACAGAUGGUGUCAAGCAUUCAAUGAAUCCUUUCGAUGAAAUCGCUAUAGAGGAAGCAGUAAAAAUGAAAGAGAAAAAACUGGCUUCUGAAGUGAUUGCUGUUUCUGUUGGUCCCACGCAAUCUCAGGAAAUUAUACGUACCGCCUUAGCCAUGGGUGCUGAUCGUGGCAUUCAUGUCGAAGUAUCAGGCAAAGAGUAUGAUUUACUGCAACCUAUUCAUGUGUCUAAAAUUUUAUCUAAGCUGGCAUUAGAUGAGAAAGCUGAUUUGGUUAUUUUAGGGAAACAAGCCAUCGAUGACGAUAGCAAUCAAACUGCCCAAAUGACUGCUGCUAUGCUUGACUGGCCCCAAGGAACGUUUUGUAAUAAAGUUGAAAAAAGCGAUGCUGGUCUUACUAUAGUCCGUGAAAUCGACGGGGGUCUUGAGACGAUCAAAACUAAGUUGCCCGCCGUGCUUAGCGCUGACUUACGUUUGAACACGCCACGUUAUGCUACUUUACCAAACAUUAUGAAGGCUAAGAAAAAACCUUUAAAGAAAAUUGCACCUAAAGACCUGGGUGUUGAUACUGCUGCUCGAAUUGAGAUUAUAUCUGUCGUUGAUCCACCAGUUCGUCAAGCCGGUGCAGUUGUGCCAGAUGUUGACGCCUUGAUUGCUAAACUUAAGGAAGGUGGUCAUAUCUGAGGUGGUAGACACAGUGUGAUAUGUGCAUUUAUUAGUAAAAAGCAAAAAAAAAAAAAAAAAAAAAAAAAACCGAUCUGUUUCUCUCUUUAAUUCUUAAGUUUAAAAUGUUAUGUUUAUAUCCAUCUCAUGAAGGUCCAACAUGAAUUUCCCAUUGUAUAUUUUUAUAAACAAUUUGAUUUAUUAGUUUAUUAUUGAACGGACAUGAGAAAUUAUGAAGAAAUAUUAUUGCAGUAA